ACUUCUACUUGACCGAAUAGGGAAGAGAGAGAGGGAGAGAGAGAUCUUGGUGGGUUUUGGGUUUAGGGGGCAGAAAUUGGUUCUUUUCUUCGGGGAGGAUAAGGAGAAGGGGAAUCAAUUAUCAAUCUGAUCGCGAGAGAAAAUGGGGAGUUCCAAGACAAUCACUGAGGUUACCGACAAUUCGAAUAGCAAUAGCAGCAGCACCGCUCACAACCAUAUCUCCUUUCCCCCCUUUGCCGAAGGAGAAAAGGUCUUUGCCUACCACACUGCUUGUCUUUACGAAGCCAAGGUUCGGCAAGUUGAGUACAAGCACAAAGGUUGGAAGUUCUUCGUUCAUUAUCUCGGUUGGAAGAAAAGUUGGGAUGAAUGGGUUGGUAUUGAUCGUUUGAUGAAACACACGGAGGAAAACAUGCGCCAGAAACUUGCCCUUGAUGAGAAACUUGGCAAUGAUAAAAAUGCAAAACUCCCACGUGGAUUGGUUAAAUCCAAGACUACUAAUGUAACAAGAGGCAGGAAACGGAAGAAUGAAUCUGUGAUUAAGAGAAAACCUGUGGUUCAUCCUGACAAGCUUGUCAACAUUCAGAUUCCUCCAACACUAAAGAAACAAUUAGUUGAUGAUUGUGAGUUUAUUACCCAUCUUGGCAAGGUACUCGUUAAACUUCCUCGAACUCCUAAUGUGAAUGACAUAUUGAAGAAGUAUUUUGAUUACAGAUUGAAGAAAUGUGGAUCGAUAGCUGAUUCAGUUGAAGAAAUUAUGAAAGGAUUGUGUUGUUACUUUGACAAAGCACUGCCAGUGAUGCUCUUGUAUAAGAAUGAACGCCAACAGUAUCAUGAGGCUUGUCCUGCCAAUAUCUUUCCUUCUACUGUAUACGGUGCUGAGCAUUUGUUGCGUCUCUUUGUUAAGUUGCCCGAGUUAUUGUCUCAUGCUAGCAUUGAAGAGGAGACAUUGACAGAACUUCAGGCGCAAUUACUGAACUUUCUCAGGUUCUUGCGAAAAAACCAGAACACGUUUUUCCUUUCUACCUAUCAUGUUGCAGAAGAUAUUGAGAACAGCUCCAACAAACAAGGUGACUAGGCUUGGGGACAACAAUUUAUUCUGCAUUGUACAUAAUACCUGGUAUAGAAUGCUUUUGUCACCGUUGCAGUUUGCUUGUUGAACAAAAUUUGAAAUCAAAUUUGCGAAAGUAAACCCGUUGUUUUGAGAUCCCAACAUAUCCAGGGUACGGAGAGUGUAACAUUUACAGAAGGAAAAUGUUUACUGACCCUCAAUUUUAAAUGUUAGUUUUAUUUCUGAAUUUCGUUUUAUAUUGAACAUGCUUUUUAAAAUAAAGGUUGUGAUUUCACUGUCUACCCAACGCUCUUUUAACGUGUAUGUGACGAUUGGUUCCUAACUCCCUACCACAGCCGCACACACGGUGAAUUUUAAUCAUACAAGUUAGAUUUAUUUUGGUGCAAAAAUUGUUGUAG